GUGAGUCAGAGCUCCAAACACUGCAGAGCACAAGUUAACUUUUCUUUCUUGAGAAACAGCUUCAGGUUUAAAGCUGAAACCAGACCGGGACCUCUGCAUUUAACCAACAUGGCAGCAGCGAGCAGCCUCCUCUCUGAAGACCAGUUUCUGUGCUCCAUCUGUCUGGAUGUGUUCACUGAUCCAGUCACCAUACCAUGUGGACACAACUUCUGCAAGAGCUGCAUCACUGAGCACUGGGACACUAAUGUCCAGUGUGAGUGUCCCUUGUGCAAAGAGCAAUGUGAGAAGAAACCUGACCUGCGGGUAAACACUGUUCUAUCAGAGAUGGCUGCUCAGUUCAAGCAGUCAGUUCUACAGGAAACCAGCAGCAGCAGCUCAGAGGAGCAACACACCAACACAGGAGAAGUUCUUUGUGAUUUCUGCACUGAGACCAAACUGAAGGCCCUGAAGUCCUGCCUGGAUUGUCUGGUCUCCUACUGUGAGACUCACCUGGAGCCUCAUCAGAGACUCCCAGCCCUGAAAAGACACACGCUGAUCAAUCCUGUGGAGAACCUGGAAGAAAGGAUGUGUAAGAAGCACGAGAAACCUCUGGAGCUUUUCUGUAAAACCGACCAGGUUUGUGUGUGUCGGUUCUGUACUGAGUCAGAACACAAGCUGCAUCGCAUUAUUUCUCUCCAAGAAGAAUACAAAGAGAAGAAAGCUAAGCUUGGAAAGACAGAGGAUGAAGUUCAGAAGAUGAUCCAGGAGAAGCGACUGAAGAUUGAGGAGAUCAAACAAUCCGUGAAGCUCAGCAAGGAAGAAGCAGACCAAGAGACGACAACAAGUGUGGAGGUCUACACCGCUCUGAUCCAUUCUGUUGAGAGAAAUCUGGCUGAGCUCCUCGACAUGAUCGAAGCAAAGCACAAGACAACAGAGAAACAGGCUGAAGGUUUCAUUAAGGAGCUGGAGGAGGAGAUCUCUGAGCUGACCAAGAGAAGCACUGAGCUGGAGCAACUCUCACACAAUGAGGACCACCUCCAGUUCCUCCAAAAGUUCAUGUCUUUGAAAACUGCUCCACCCACCAAAGACUGGACAAAGGUCAGAGUUCACACGUCGUACGUAGGGAUCCUGGGGACACCUCUGGCUCAGCUGGCGGAUAUGCUCAGUGCAAAGAUGAAGGUGCUUUGUGCUGAUACUGAAAUAAAGAAGAGAAAGAAGUAUCAAGUGGACGUGACCCUUGACCCUGAAACGGCACAUCAUAAACUCAUUCUGUCUCAAGAUGGGAAGCAAGUUUAUCAUUGGAACUACAGUCAGAUGGUCGAAGACAGUCCAAAGAGAAUAUCCUCAUAUUUUGGUGUGUUAGGAAAGCAGAGUUUCUCCUCAGGCAGGUUUUACUAUGAGGUUGAAGUUGGAGGGAAGACUGAAUGGGUUUUGGGAUUGGCUCGUGAGUCUAUUCACAGGAAAGGUGUCUUUAUUGAAUUCUGCCCUCAGAAUGGCUUCUGGACUGUGAGUUUACGAGAGGGCUACGGGUACAAAGCUCUAGUUGACUUUGACCCAAUCCACCUGUUUCUGAGUUCAAAUCCUCAGAGGGUGGGGGUGUUUGUAGAUUAUGAGGAGGGUCUGGUCUCCUUUCAUGACGUAGAUGCCUCCACUCUCAUCUUCUCCUUUACUGGCUGUAACUUCAGAGAGAAACUCUACCCAAUUUUGAAUCCCAGAAAUAACAAUGCAGGAACUAACUCCACGCCACUGAUCAUCUGUCCAGUUGAUUACACAGUUUAGACCAGAGGUUUCCACGCGAUGCCAUCCCAAGGACGUACGACCACUUACCAGAAAUGUAGUAAAUGCAGGAAGUAUGCUGAUAGCCUAGACCGUACUCUAUGUUCUAUUAUUAACAAAGACCCAACAUCAAGACAGGAUAAGAUCCAGUCCCAUCUUACAGACAGGACUCAAUCUGAUCUCAUCUUAAUCCACCAUGAGCAGAGCACUUUGCAGCAUUUAGCAAGUUACAGUGGCAAGGACAAACUUCCUUUAACAGGCAGAAACCUCCAGCAGGACCAGACUCAUGUUAGACACACAUCUGCUGAGGCCGUGUUAGAGAGAGGGAUAGAGGGAGAUGAAGAGAGAGAGAAAGAUGAUAGUGGGACGGAGACGGAUAGUAGUAGUUGUAGCAGGUGGAGUCUGGCACGUCCACAGCAGCAGGUCGGAGGAACGUACGAGAGAAAGGAGCUCAGGGACUCCAGAAAGGUCUAUGGUUAGUAACUUUAAUGGGACAGGAAGAGUUAAAGAAAGUGACAGGAAGAGAGAGGAGAGAGAGAGUUGAUAGUGGUUAAUCUGGCUUUAGCCUCUGGCAUGGACCCCCUCAGCCCGCCUGCAGAAUUUCAAAACAAAAGACUUCUUCAACCUCUUAAUAAAUGUCCAUAUUCUUAACAUUUACUUAACCUGUUAUGCAUUUCACUCAGUGUAUGUUUUGUAAACAGUCUUGUAUAUUUUAUGUCUUAAUAAUGAACAGCAAAAGUUUCAGUAGAGAUAUUUUCUGUAUUUUUCUCUCUCGAUAUUCAUUCAUAAAAUUCAACAUUUCUUCCAUGA